AGAUGGCGGGAACAUCAAGGCAUGAUCGAGAGAUGGCGAUAAACGCCAAGCGUCAGCUCUCUGAGUGUUCAGACCCGGUGGAGAAACUCAGACUGCAGUGUCUGGCCCGAGGAUCGUCUGGGAUUAAAGGUCUGGGCAGAACCUUCAAAAUAAUGGACGAUGACAACAACCGCUCCCUGGACUUCAAAGAGUUCCUGAAGGGUCUGAACGACUACGGGAUCCUGAUGGAGAAACAGGAGGCCACCACUCUGUUCCAGCACUUUGACCGUGAUGGGAGUGGGAUGAUCGACUUCGAAGAGUUUCUCAUCACUCUGAGGCCACCCAUGUCUAAGGCCAGGAAGGAGGUGGUCAUGCAGGCGUUCAGGAAGCUGGAUAAGACCGGUGACGGGGUGAUCACCAUUGAAGACUUGCAGGGGGUUUAUAACGCCAAGUACCACCCCAAGUAUCAGAACGGAGAGUGGACAGAGGAUCAGGUCUUCAGGAAAUUCCUGGACAGCUUUGACUCUCCGUAUGACAAAGAUGGAAAGGUGACCAAAGAGGAGUUUCUCAACUAUUACUGUGGAGUCAGCGCCUCCAUCGACAGUGACGUCUACUUUAUUCUAAUGAUGAGAAACGCCUGGAGGCUCUGAACCAGGACGUGGAACCGUCACCGACUGUUAAAAAGGAGCUUUUGUCAUUAAUCACCAUUACAUCUUGAUCUGAUCUAUAACUUUGUUACCAAUUUCUUUCCAAAUGAAGUAGUAAGUAUCAUAGUUAAGAGUGAUUUUGUCCUUUUUUAAAACUGGAUUAUUAUCUUCAUGUAUAUUGAAUCAUGUUGUAAUGGAGAUUAACUUGUGGAAAAACAUUUAAUUCCCAUUUUUCUACUUUAUUUUACAUCGAUAUGCAACACAAUCGGCUUUGUUUAAAUAAAAACCACUGGUUAAACAACAGGUUGUAACAGGUACAGUCACACAUCAUCCUCACGUUUACACAGUGUAUUUAGUUCAGAUCAAUGUGGAGUGAAUAUGUUCUGAGAAAAUAAAGCGUAAAUACAUUCUGAGUAUUUAUUCCAGCCGCUGUGGAGGAAACAUGAGGUGUAGGUUGUGUCAGGUAUUUGAAGAAGCAGCAUUGUGUUUGGCAUUUUCCAUGACUACAAACUGAAAGUGUUAGCUCGUCUGCAGACUGUUCAGCACCGUCGUCAUGACGAUGUCAGAUACCAGCAGCUUUUUUUUAAAGGACCUCUCUGUGUUCUAUGUUUUACUUCAUUAAAAAACUUUAAUGAAUCCUCAUACAGACAGGUGACAGGUGAGAACUGAUGUUGAUGAAAGGUCUAUAAGGAACUCUGGAGCUGCAUUAUUUAGAGAACAUGAAGGAGGUUCUUGGUCGAUUGUUUAGUUGUAGAGGUUGUUUGGGUGGUUUUUGUGGUCCUUUGGAGCUCCUAGUUAUUGAGGAGGUUCUAGGUAUCUUUAAAGUGGUUCUUGUGGUCCUUCGGGUGGUUCAAGUUAUUGAGGAGGUUCUAGGGAUCUUUAAAAUGGUUCUAGUGGUCCUUUGGGUGGUUCUAGUUAUUGAGGAGGUUCUAGGGAUCUUUAAAAUGGUUCUAGUGGUCCU